GUUUAAUACCAAACUAUCGGCCAGUCACUACUUUUGUUUCUAUUCAGGAAGCAAUAAAAUAAAGUUUUUAAUUUCUGAUUAUUUUGAACAUGUCGAGUGCGGUAAAGUCGACAUCAAGCAGCAGUAGUAGUGGAAGUACCACGUCCGCAAGUGCGGUGGCGUCCACAUCGGCAUCGGGCAGCGGAAAUGUCCAGGAGUUUAAGAUUCGUGUACCCAAGAUGCGCAAAAAGCACCAUGUCAUGCGUUUUAAUGCCACACUUAAUGUUGAUUUCGCGCAGUGGCGAAAUGUGAAGCUUGAGCGCGAGAAUAACAUGAAAGAGUUCCGGGGCAUCGACGAAGAACAGCCGAAAUUUGGCGCUGGCUCGGAAUACAAUCGGGACCAGCGAGAGGAAGCACGUCGUAAGAAAUUUGGCAUUAUUGCGCGCAAAUAUAGACCAGAGGCUCAGCCGUGGAUUCUUAAAGUUGGUGGCAAAAUGGGCAAAAAAUUUAAGGGUAUUCGGGAAGGUGGAGUCGGCGAAAAUGCUGCCUUCUAUGUGUUCACACACGCUCCCGAUGGUGCAAUCGAAGCAUAUCCUCUCAAUGAAUGGUACAAUUUUCAGCCCAUACAACGCUACAAGUCCCUUUCCGCGGAGGAGGCUGAGCAAGAAUUUGGACGUCGCAAAAAGGUGAUGAAUUAUUUUUCCCUUAUGUUGCGUAAGCGUUUACGAGGCGACGAAGAGGAGGAGCAAGACCCCGAAGAGGUAAAAUUAUUGAAAGCCGCCACCAAAAAGUCCAAGGAGCUGAAAAUAACUGAUAUGGACGAGUGGAUUGAUUCUGAGGAUGAGUCUGACUCAGAAGAGGAGGAGGAGAAAAAUAAAAAGGAACAGGAGGACAGCGACGAUGGUUCUGGAAAGAAAGGUAAAGGGAAAAAGGGCAUGGAUAAAAAGAAGAAAAAACGCGAUGUGGAUGAUGAGGCGUUUGAAGAGUCCGAUGAUGGCGACGAAGAGGGACGCGAAAUGGAUUACGAUACCAGUUCCAGUGAAGAUGAACCUGAUCCGGAGUCAAAGCUUGUAAAGGAUAUGAAAGGCGUGGCCGAAGAAGAUGCCCUCCGUAAGUUGCUCACUUCGGACGAGGAAGAAGAUGAAGAAAAGAAAUCAGAUGAAUCAGAUAAAGAGGAGGGCGAUGAGAAAAAGAAGAAGGAAAAGAACAAAGAUGAAAACACAAAGGAUAAAAAGAAAAAGAAACAAUCAAAAGAUGACAAGAAAUCAAAAUCGAACGGUAGCGAUUCUUCCACGGACCUCAGCUCAGAUAGCACAGAUACCGAAGAUGACCUCAGCAAUGGACCGCCCAAAAAGAAAUCCUCAUCAAACAAAGAUAAAGACAAGGAUAAAGAUAGUGCUAUCAAGGCAAUUGCCAGUGGCAGCAAUGCAAACAAAUCACGUUCAGCUACGCCCACUCAAAUAAAUGACCCCAGCAAACGUAAAAUGAACAGCUUGCCCAGUGAUCUUACAGGAUCGGACACCAGUAAUAGUCCUAACAGCACACCAGCAAAACGACCCAAGAGUGAAUUGAGCAACUCGAUGCCAUCAUCAUUUGCGGGCGUUGUGAACAACAAAGUGGAAGACUAUGGUAUUACCGAGGAAGCUGUUCGUCGAUACCUGAAGCGCAAGCCAUUGACAGCUACUGAACUGUUGACUAAAUUCAAGAACAAAAAAACAGGAGUCUCUAGCGAUCGCUUGGUCGAGACCAUGACCAAGAUCUUAAAGAAAAUUAAUCCGGUUAAGCAUACCAUACAGGGGAAAAUGUAUUUAUGGAUAAAAUAAUUAUACCGCGUUUUUCUCUUCAUAAUUUAAUAUUUUUCAUUGUCAGUGCAUGUUUGAAAACUGGCUUAUUAAAAAUUAAAU